AUGUCAAGCUCAAGCGAGAAGCCUGAAUUUAAGGAGAAGGGGCCCCUCACGUCCAACGCCAGCUACUUUGAUGGUGACCCAGUCCAGCUCGCGCCAUCGAGCGCAGCUGAGGCUCUGCCCAUCGAGCUACGCGAGACCGGGGAGGCCCUCAAUGUCACUGCGGCCGACAUUAUCGAGGCAAGGAAAGCCGCAGGAAGGCUUACCCUCGACGACACCAAGCGCAUAAACAAUGAGGACGUCUUCAACGACCCCGAGAAACACGAGCAUCUCAUCGCCGAGAUAAAGAUCCAGGCUGCCUUGAUUAUCAACAACUCUCCCUAUGCCGAGGUGCGCUCGGUUGUCGACAAUCAUAACGACCCGUCGAUGCCGGUGUCAACAAUUCGAGCCUGGGCAAUGGGCAUCCUCUUUGCUUGCUGCGUCUCGUUCGUCAACGCGUUCUUUGAUGUGCGCCUUCCUUACAUCUACGUCAUCGCAACCGUGCCGCAGCUACUCGCCUACCCAUUCGGCAAGUUCCUCGAGCGGGUGCUGCCGGAAGUCGGUUUCACACUGUUCGGUAUUCGUCACAGCCUCAACCCGGGUCCGUUCAACAAGAAGGAGCACAUGCUGGUUACCAUCAUGUCCAACGUCGCCAAGAGCGUUCCUUACACCAACUACAUCAUAUGGAUUCAGGUGCUGCCACAAUACUUCAACCAGCCGUGGGCCAUCAACGUCGGCUACCAGACCCUGAUCGCGUUGUCCACCAACUUCAUUGGUUACGGCCUGGCUGGCCUCUGCCGCCGCUUUCUCGUGUACCCGGCCUACUGCACGGCAAUGGUCGCCGGACCCUUCAAGUCGAUUUGGCAGAUGUCGCGGCUCAAGUUCUUUAGGUGGGCUUUCGGCCUUAUGUUCGUGUACUUCUGGUUCCCGAACUACAUUUUUGCCUCCUUCAGCUUCUUCAGCUGGAUGGCAUGGAUCGCGCCCAGCAACGUCCACUUCAACUUCUUCCUCGGCGCCUUCUUCGCCAUGUUCGUCAUCAUCGCUCUCUACUAUACCAACACCUUCAACACGGCGUACCUACCCAUCAACUCGAACCGGCCUUUCGACCACUUCGCGCAUCCUUACAACGUCACGGCUAUCAUCGACGACAAUGGCAUCUUUGACAGCGCGAAGUACGAAACAUACUCGCCCCGGUUUCUCUCGGCCGGCAACGUGGUCGUGUACCUGUUCUUCUUUGCGCUGUACUCGGCCACCGUCACUUACGGCGUUCUCUACCACCGUCACGAGAUCAUGAUCGGUAUUCGCGAAGUCUGGAGGAGCGUGAAGCAGUGGGGAGCAAGGCUCAUUGAGUUUAAAGACGCCGGGAGCGAGGAUGGAUCCGACGACGACGCCAACCUGCUCGACGUCCACAACCGACUGAUGCGCGCCUACCGCGAGGUGCCCGAGUGGUGGUAUAUGAUCUGCCUAGCCCUCGCCGUUGCGCUCGGCAUGGCGGGUAUUGCUGUGUGGCCGACCAACACGUCCCCGUUCGUGGUGCUGUACGGCAUCGCGCUGUGCCUCGUCUUCAUCGUACCCAUCGGCAUUAUCAUGGCCAUGGUGACGCUCAACGUGCUGGCCGAGUUCAUCGGCGGCGUCUGGGUUGAAGGCAAUGCCAUCGCCAUGUGCUUCUUCAAAUCAUACGGGUACGUGACCUGCGCGCAUGCCCUGUCGUUCAACAACGACCUGAAGCUGGCGCACUACAUCAAGAUCCCGCCGCGGUUCACAUUUUGGGCGCAAACGGUUCCCACGCUGGUUUCGACCUUUAUCAGCAUCGGCGUGCUGCAGUACCAGGUGCACAUUGAGAACAUUUGCACGCGCCACGCGCCAUUCCGGUUCACCUGCCCCGGGCCCAACACCUUUUUCACGGCGGCUGUGUUCUGGGGAACCGUGGGCCCGCGCAAGAUUUGGGGUGUUGGCGGGCAGUACGUCGUCACGCUGCUUGGAUUCCCUUUCGGAAUCCUUCUCGUCGUGGUAUUCUACCUUCUGAGCAGGAAGUAUCCCAAGAAUGCCAUCGUCCGAAAUGCCCACCCGGUCGUCAUAAUGGGCGGCGCGAUAGCCUGGGCGCCGUACAACCUGGCUCACAUCUGGCCAGCCGUGCCCGUGGCUGCCUUUUCGUGGCUGUACUUGAAGAAGCGGUAUCUGGGACUGCGGUCCAAGUACAACUUUGUCAGUUCUGCCGCGUUUUCGUGCGCCAUUGCCAUCAGCGCCAUCGUCAUCUUCUUUGCGCUGCAGAUCUCUGACAUUCAGCUGGAUUGGUGGGGUAACUCGGUUGUUAACGAGGGAUGUGAUGGCAGUGGCGACUGCGUACGCAUGAAGCUGUCUGAAGGUGAGUACUUUGGUCCGAGGAUUUGAGAGUUCCAUUAGCCGGCUUCGGUUUGGUUCUGGAACUCGGACUAGGAGUAAGGAGUAUGGGUUUGCAUCCAUUUAUCUAUCGGGACUGGGACAUGCCCAAGGAUUGUUUGUUGGUAAUUGUUUAUGAGCGAUGGAUCUCGGUUAGGUAGCUUUGUUAGCCGCUGUCUUACUCUCCAUUAUCAUCAGAUCCGGACGACGAGAACACGAUGAUGCCACAUUGCAGGCAAAAGCAGCCCCAAACCUGUAACGCUCGAAGCUGAAAGCUGCAGUUUCGAAGGAAAGGACUG